GCGGUCGGCGGCAGCGGGCGGCCGAAGAGGAGCCGAACGCCGCGGCGGCGGUCGCUGGCCCGCAACGGAGAAACGCCCGGUUGUUCGGCGAUCACCUGCGGGUCAGGUACGAGGGCGCCACGAGCGCCCAGCGGCCGCAACACUUGGCGCGCUGCGGCGCAGACGACGGCUUCGCCCGCCCGAUGCUCGGGAG